CCCUAUCAUUCCCCUAAUUUACAAAUCUACCAUUAACACUCAAGGAAAAGGAGGGGUAGUUAAGUCAUUUUGGAAAAAGAACAGUAUAUAAUGAAGGCGGCUUCAGCUUCACAUGUCAGCAAUCGGCGGUUACUUCAACGAUGAACUCAACGCUUUGUUUAAAUCGACCGGUUUUCAAUUAUACUCUGAAUGGCUUUAAAAGCCCAAAAUUUAUCGAAGCUAAGCAAUUUAAACUUCAAUUACAAUCUCAUUUGGUCGAGUCUUCAAAACUUAAAUGUUUGGGAAAUUUAAAUUCGAGGACCGGUGUGAGUGUUCUGCAGCGGUUUCGAGAUGACUCGAGUGAGUCGAGGAGGAUUCUAUCUCGUCGAAUUAGGGUUUCAUCCAACGAUGCUCAGUUCGGUUCGUUGCCUAACAAAGGAGGCGCUGAGUCGUCGAGUUUCGUUGAGUUUAUCACGUCCGAGCGUGUUAAAGUGGUGGCGAUGCUGGCUUUAGCUCUGGCGCUUUGUAACGCGGAUAGAGUCGUGAUGUCAGUGGCGAUUGUGCCGUUGUCGCUUGCUCAUGGCUGGAGCCGAUCAUUUGCCGGCAUUAUUCAGUCAUCUUUUCUGUGGGGAUACUUGAUUUCACCGAUAGCAGGAGGGACGUUAGUGGACUAUUAUGGUGGCAAGGUAGUAAUGGCAUGGGGAGUGUCACUGUGGUCAUUAGCUACAUUUCUUACACCAUGGGCUGCUGAAAACUCUUUAUUGGCAUUACUUUUUACAAGAGCUAUGCUUGGUGUUGCAGAAGGUGUGGCUCUUCCUUGCAUGAACAACAUGGUAGCAAGAUGGUUUCCACCAACAGAACGUGCCAGGGCUGUCGCAAUUGCAAUGGCUGGAUUUCAGCUUGGAAAUGCAAUAGGACUCACUUUGUCCCCAAUUCUCAUGUCCCAAGGUGGUAUUUUUGGACCGUUUGUGAUCUUUGGAUUGUGCGGAUUUCUUUGGGUUUUAGUAUGGUUAUCUGCAACAUCAAGUACUCCUGACCGAAGUCCCCAGAUAUCAAAAUAUGAGCUGGACUACAUAAUGAACAAGAGACAGAACUCUCAGGCAGUGGAGAACAAUCUCAAGACCAAAAUGAUCCCUCCAUUUGGAAGAUUGCUUUCAAAAAUGCCAACAUGGUCCCUGAUUGUUGCAAAUGCCAUGCAUAGCUGGGGCUUUUUUGUUAUUCUUUCUUGGAUGCCUAUCUACUUUAACUCGGUUCAUCAUGUUGAUCUUAGACAAGCAGCAUGGUUUAGUGCUGUACCAUGGAGCAUGAUGGCAUUGACAGGAUACUUCGCUGGUUUAUGGUCAGACACGUUGAUACGGAAUGGUACCAGUAUCACUUUGACUCGCAAGAUCAUGCAGUCCAUUGGUUUUAUUGGUCCUGCGAUUGCUGUGAUUGGUUUAACUGCUGCAAAAAGUCCAUCAGUGGCAUCUGCUUGGCUUAGUUUAGCUGUUGGGUUGAAAGCAUUCAGUCAUAGUGGUUUCCUUGUCAACCUUCAGGAUUGUCAAAUACUGCCGGAACAUUUGCUGCUAUUAUGGGAACAGUUGGAGUUGGUUUCUUUGUCGAAUUGGUGGGAUCAUUCCAAGGAUUUUUGUUGCUCACGUCAGUUUUAUACUUUCUUGCGGCUCUUUUCUACAAUAUCUUUUCCACUGGAGAGAGAGUCAAUUUUGAUGAAACUUCAUCAGUUUCAUGAACAAGUUUUGAGACUUAUCGUCAAAAAUCUUAGUUGAUGCCUCGAGUGUGGACUGUGGAAUCAUUGGAGCAAAGUUGCCUGAGUCAUAGAGAAUGCUGAGCAGUAGAUCCUGUUAAUUUCCUGUAAAAAGCGAAAGAAAUGUAGAGUACGUGAUUUUUACUGCGUAGUGUACACUGUACAGACAAUCUGAUUUUCCAUGCAUUCAGGUUUAACUGGAUAUAUAUAUAUAAUGUUGAAGGGAAGUGAUAAAUGCUGGAAGCUUUCAUCUGUCUAUAUGUUUUCAUUCAGUCAUGAAUUAUGUUAUCUUUCUCCUAAACAAGGGGUUGACCUGUAAUGCAAAAUCUCAAAAAUAAAUUGCUGCUGGAUGGAAGAUGAGGAACAU